AAGUCCGUGGCCAUUUGGGCUCAAUCCGCCUUGCCUGAAGCAAGUUCGGCCACGGCUCAUCCUGCAGUGCGGCCCUUUCAGGCCAAACUUCUUGUUCCUCGCGCAGGAUGGUUGGCAGGUCGCUCACCCUGAAGCAGUCGAAGCAGAAGAGCAGCCCCGAGAUCGACUCGGACGGAUACUAUAGCAUCCGCCGAGGAUGGCUGGCGGUUGCGGUCGUCUUUGUCACUGGCUUCUCCAUCAUGGGCUACAGUGGUAAGAUCAUAUACGACAACGCGCCCCCGAUCCCCACCUUCCGCCUGGAGAAGGGCGGCGAGGUCCUGUGGACGAGCGAGGACGUCCUGGAGGGACAGCAGAUCUGGCAGUCCAUCGGCGGCCAGCAGGUGGGGAGCGUCUGGGGGCACGGCGCCCUGCAGGCUCCGGACUGGUCCGCCGACUGGCUGCACAGGGAGGCGGAGAUGAGCCUGGAGGGGGCGGAUGCCGCCGAGCGGGCGGCCUACAUCGAGCGCGUGCGCAGGAACACGUACAACCCGGAGACGAACGAGGUUACGAUCAGCCACGAGAGGGCGAAGGUGCUGAGUAGGCUCAAGAAGUUCUACGUUUCCAUGUUCACUGGCGCCGCCAGCUCUCCGGAGGUGGAGGACCUGCCGAAGCUGCGCAAGCUCUUCCAGGUGAAGGACGUGGCCCUGUACAGUGAGCGGAAGGCGGAGCAAAUGGCAGGCUUCGUGUUCUGGUCCGCAUGGGCGUGCGUCACCCAGCGACCGGGUACGACCCACAGCUACACGAACAAUUGGCCCCAGGAGCGCCUGGUCGGCAACACCGUUUCGCCAGAGGUGAUCGUGUGGUCGCUGGCCUCCAUUGCCCUGCUGGUCUUCGGCAUCGGUAUGCUUGCGUGGGUGCGCGCGGUGCAUCACAGCGAGCAGGGGGCGCUUCCGCCGCCAAGCGAGGACCCGCUCAAGGACCUGGUGGUGACGCCGUCGAUGGCCUCCAUGGUGAAAUGGGCCUACGUCGUCUUCUUCCUGAGCGGAUUCCAGAUCUGCCUCGGAGUCUACACCGUCCACCUCACGAUCGAGGGCGACAUGGGCUUCCCCAGUUGGUUGACGCAGAACAUCACGUACACGGUCGCCCGCACCUGGCACACGCAGUCGGCAGUUUACGCCAUCGCGACCAGUUUCCUAGCGACGGGGCUAUUCUUGGCCCCGGCCAUCGCAGGGCGCAGGGAGGACCCACCUCUUCAGAAGCCGCUCUGCGACUUCCUCUUCCUCUGCCUGCUGGUCAUCGUUGGCGGCUCGAUGGCGGGGCAGGUCGCGGCCAUCACGCAGAGUUUCGAGACCCUGCUGAUGAGCCAGUACUUCGGGCACCAGGGCUACGAGUACGUGGAGCUGGGCCGUUUCUAUCAGUACUUCCUUCUCGUGGGCCUGAUGCUCUGGCUUCUCCUGAUGGUCAACGCCAUCCAUCCCGCGCUUCGUUUGGCGAACUUCUCGACUGCGAACGGUCGCGGCCAGUGGCACCUCGUCGUCAUCAUCACGCUCGCAGCGGUGCUGAUUUCCUUCUUUUGGGCCUCGGGCCUGAUGUACGACGCGAAGUCCAACCUGGCCGUCAUGGACUACUGGCGUUUCUGGAUCGUCCACAUGUGGGUCGAGGGCAUGUUCGAGAUCUUCAUCACGGUUGUGGUGGCCCAGGUCUUCGUGAUGCUCGGCGUGCUGCAGCCUUCGGCCGCCGCCGGCGUCACGCUGUUCACCAGCGGCAUCUUCCUGUUCGGUGGCAUCCCCGGCAUGUACCACCACAACUACUUCUCGGGCACCCCGUCCAUGAUCAUGGCCAUCGGCUCCUGCUUCUCCUGCCUCGAGGUCUGCCCCCUGGCCCUCAUGGGCAUGGAGGCCAGCGAGUACAUCCAGCUGGGGCAGGCGGCCAAGCGGCCGGAGUUCAAGUGGCUCAUGAGCUACAAGCCCAUCAUCGACUGCUUCAUCUACGUGUCGUUCUGGAACCUCGUCGGCGCCGGCUUCCUCGGCUUCAUAAUCAACCCGCCGAUCUCGCAGUACUACAUGAUCGGAGGCUACCUCACCCUGUCGCACAGCCACGGCGCCCUCUGGGGCGUGUACGGGGUGCUGGCGAUCGCCCUGAGCCUGCUGGUGCUCCGCCUCUCUGACACGCGCGCCGUCUGGGACACCGCCUGGCUGGACCUGGGCCUCAAGCUCAUGAACCUCGGCAUGUUCCUCCAGAUAUUCGUGUCGAUCUUCCCCAUUGGCAUCUACCAGUUCUGGCUCUCGGUCUCGUACGACUACUGGUACGCCCGCAGCGAGAACUUCCAUGGCGAUCCCGCGGUGCAGUGGAUGAAGUUGGCGCGUGGCCUUGGGGACUCCAUCUUCGCCUUCGCCAUGCUAAUGGUGCUGUGGUUCGUCUUCAAAGACUUCAUGCGGCGUGUCACCGGCAGCCGCGCCGUGGCGGCCCGGGAGCCACUCCUGACGCAGUGGCCGUGGCAGCCCACGAGCCUCUCUUGAUGCAGCUGAGCAGUUGAUGCUAUGUUUAAGGGGCUCAGAGUCUGAGCCAAGACAGCUUGCGACGCGUUUUUGCGGCGCUAGCUGGUGCAAGUGUUCUCGCACAUUCGACGGGGCUGCUUCCGCGCGGAGUCUGGGCGGUCACAUUUUGGCAGCGGAGUUGCAAACAUCUACCGCGCCACGGCGAUCGUUUCUUCCGGUUGGCCCGGUUGGCCGUGAAGUCCAUCAGCUGCUCCGUGCAGCUACCUUUUUUAUCCUCUGCUGGCUCGCAGGGGAUCGUGUCUGGGUUCCUUGACAGAAGCCCCGCGCAUGGCGAGGAGCGGUGCAGACGAGGUGGCAAGACGGGUGGUGCUCGAGCGCCGCCCAUUGCGUGCGCUGCGCAGGGACCUGAGCGAGUCUAGCAAAUCAUAUCGAGACUUUCGCGUUGGCAGGGUGGAGUCUCGUAUGCUCGUUCCAUCCCAGUUGAAUCGUUUUCUAAAUGACACAGCGAGAGGAAA